UAAGUAAACAGUGAAGCUUGUUGAUUUUGUUUAUUAUUUGUAUUUAAAUAUUAGUGUUUUUAUAUAAUGUAAUUUUUUAAUUUGUAUGGUUCAAAUUUGAAUUUCUCAUGUCAUCUUUGUGUCAAUUUAUGGAAAGAUGAUUAAUAUUAACCAUCAUCUUGAUAUGUUUGAGUUAUAACAAAAUCAUAUGUUGAAUCAGUUUUACUGUUUAUUUCAUUUUGUUGUUUUUUGUUUAACCAUUCAGUGUUGACUAUUAUUUUGAAGUUAUAAAUUCAAUCGUUUAUUUUUUAUUAAUUUUCAUCUUGUUUAAAUCAUCCGGUCAACUAUGAGUGAAGAUGUUGAUUGUUUACCGUCUUUAAUUUCAAGUCACAAAUUGUCUUUAACCGAAGAUGGAUAUGACAAGGUUGAUGCUCUUCCAGCUGACAUGAAAUUUACCUGGCUUGAUGCUUUGGCCAUACUGUUUUCCAUUGGAAGUUUCCUUUUUGACAUUGGAACUGAUAUUGCAGUUGCUGUCAUUCAUUAUUCAAAUAAAGAUUAUUGGUAUUUUGGCUUAACAUUAACUUUCAUAUUGAUUCCAACUCUGGUGAUGACCGGCAUAAGUUUACGUUGGUAUGUUUUGGAUGCUCGUGAAGAAGGGUCUCCGAAAGUUUCCACUGCCCAAUGGACUCUAAGAGUUAUUUUUCUCCUCCUACAAUUGGGACCAAUUUUAAGAUAUAUUGAUUCACUUAUUUAUGGCAUCAAAUUUCUCCAGAACAAAGAUACUUUGGAGCAGAAAAAAUACUACCAUUAUAUGGUUUAUGAAGACACAGAUGCAACAAUGUUAAGGUUAUUUGAAUGUUUUAUGGAAGCAGCACCUCAAUUGGUAUUACAAAUAUAUAUACUUGCCGUUCUUAAAUCACCCUAUGGAGAUGACCAUUUCAUGUUAUUCACUCAAAUAGCUGCCUGUUUAGCAUCGCUUGUCUCUCUUUCCUGGUCUUUGGUGUCUUACCAACGCUCUUUAAGACUUUCCUUACCAAAUAAAGUUUCCCUCACAUGGCAAGGUAUUGCUGUUCAAUUCCUUUGGAGGUUCUAUGUGAUCGCAGCUCGAGUAUUAGCUUUAGCAUUAUUCGCAGCCAUCUAUAACUGGUACAUCAGUAUUGUUUGUGGCGUUCAUUGUAUCAUCAUGUUUGCAUGGAUUGUUUCAAUGAAAACAUCAUUUUGCGAAAAUCGUUGCGAAGAAUUGGGUUACAAUGCUGUUCUUGCCGUUAUGUAUAUUUUCUGUUACUUUAACCCGGUGGAUAGUCCAACUCGUUAUCGCUACGCUAUUUAUUAUACCUUUAUGUUUUGUGAAAAUACUCUUCUUAUGACUCUAUGGUUUACCAAAGCUGAACCACAUCUUUGGUAUCGUAUACCAGCCUUUGUGGGUCACUACAUGAGCUUCUUUAUUGGUCUUCUUUUCAUGGUAGCUUACUAUCUUUUGUAUCAUCCUUCUGAAAGUAUUAAAGUGUGUCGUAACCGAGAAACGGACCAAGAUGAAACUGACCGUCAAAAGCAUGCCCGAAGAGGGGGUUAUAAAAGACAAAUUCAUAAUGGCUUAUGGACAACGCAAGGACGUGUUUUACAUCCAGGACUUGCUGUGCCAUGCUGCUCUUCUACAUAUAGUGAUAAUAAACUAAAUAAACAAAGAAUCAAUAAUUACUUACAUCAACAGCCGAACGAUAAAGAUGACUCGAGUACUUCCAAAGGAACUUGUGUUUGACAUUACUUAAUUUAUAAUUUAAAAUUUAAAACAAAGACAAAGAUAAUUUUAACUCAACGUUCAACACUAUUUUGACGUUCCUAAUCAAAAAUACAUCACAUACUUAUUGGUCUCAAAAAUUAUUUUUACCAUGACAAACCAUUGAAUCAACAGAUGUCUAUCAACUCAAAGGAUUACCAUCUAAUAAACAUGGUAAAAACACUCAUUGGUCCACAUGACUUAUUUAAACAAUGGUUCAAAAUUAUUGGGAAAGAAGCAGAAUCAUGACGUAUCUGAAUUAUGUUUAUAUUUGAUUUUAUAUCGAGCAAUACACAUGAAGGAUGAAAGAAUUUUGGUAAUAAUGAUGAUUAUUCUUGGCUCUUUGAUUCUGAUGGAUAAUUCACAAUCUACCAAAUUACAAAUUUCUCAUCACACAAUUGUCACAAACACUAUUUGAAGCAUCAAUACUUUAGUUGAACGAUAUUAGUUAACCAGUCAAACUAACUUCAUCACUACAACAAUUGUAAAGCAGCAUCGCACCAAAUUCAAGCACAGCUACAUAUUAAUACUUAUCGUCAUCAAGCCUGAUAUCUUAAUGUUAAGAUGAUUUAUCAUAAUAUUCCGAUGGCAAUUAAUUGAAUCAUGGAAAAAAUCUGUGUAUUAAUAUCCUUGAAUUCAAUUUCAAGCAUGGAAGUCAUCAAACAAAAUAUUUGGAGCAAAUAAAAAAGUGAAUAAAAGAUUAAAGUAAUAAUUGCCUCGAGACAUCAUGAAAAUCAUCAUUAUCAUCACAAUCGUCGCUUAAAUCGCUAAAAAUUCAUCAUGCCAAUAUAAAUUAGAAAUUUUGUCCAUUUAAUUGUUAUUUAAGUUUCCAUUCAAAAUUACCUCCUUAUUAAUAAUUCUUGGACAUGUUGACAAAUAUGCUAAUCAAUUGGCAUCCUGUAUAUCACCUUACUUUUUAGCAUAUCCAACAAGUUCAGAUCAACUAUAAUUUUACAAUUAUAUAAAAGAACAAUCGAAUAAAAAUGAUGAAAAAGAUGAA